AUGCUGGCCUCCCUCCCCCUCCUCCUGGGGCUGCCGCUCGCCCUCGCCGCCGAGGCCCCCAGCUGCGCCCCGCUCGUCCCGGUCACCUUCGACAAUGACACCAUCCCUAGGCUCCUGGGAGAUUGGGUCUACAUCGCCGGCUCCUCCAAGUACCCGCCUCACCUGGUAGAGCUGAAGGCACUGAAAUACGCAGCUUUUAACAUCUAUCCCAGCAGCCACGAGGAUGAACUCAACGUUGACGAAGUCAUGAGACUGAACGAGACGUGCGUGGUGAGGAACACCAGCAAGAUCCACGUCUUUUUCCACAACUCCACCCUGAUGCACGUUGAUGACCAGGUGGUUUCCGUGGCCAAACUGAUCCACAACAAUAAGGACCUGCUGAUCUUGAACAUUCUCCAUGAUGACUUCUCCGGCCUCAGCAUCUCAG